AUCACUACUGCAGUCGUUGUUAGUCAGUUUAACUAAACGAGGUACAGUACCAUUGAGUUCAAGUUUAUUUUGUAGUAAUAUUAUUGCAAUUCUUCUUCAUAAUAAACUAUAAUUUUAUGAGAAAAUUGUGCGGUGUAGAGUGGUGAUUGAUAGUUUACCUAGUUCUAUCUGUGAAUUCUUUCGUGUAGAACACCACUUCUUUACGGUGAACAGUGCUUUCUAUGGAGAAUUUUGAAGAUUCAUUGUGGGAUUCCUUCAUUGAUACUUAUUGUGCGCCGGGGCCACCACCUGGAAUGUGUGAAAACGGCGGUGCGUUCGUUGGCUCGGGGGCGGACACGGCAGCCGCCAUGUGCCGACUGGCUGGCGGGGGCGGCGGAGUGGGAGGCGGUGGAGUCGGCAAGAAGAUGUCCCCCGAGGAGCACAUCAAGCGGCCCAUGAACGCCUUCAUGGUCUGGUCUCGCCUGCAGCGGCGCAAGAUCGCUCAGGACAACCCCAAAAUGCACAACUCGGAGAUUUCCAAAAGAUUGGGUGCUGAAUGGAAACUACUUUCGGAGAACGAGAAGAGGCCGUUCAUCGACGAGGCCAAGCGACUGCGAGCGAUGCACAUGAAGGAGCAUCCUGACUACAAGUACAGACCUCGCAGGAAGCCCAAGACGCUGCGCAAAGAGGGUUACCCCUACACCAUGCCCUAUCAGUCUGUGCCAAUCGACGCUCUACGUGCUGGAAUGGUGGCUGGACAGGUGGGUUCAUACUACGGACCGGCAGCCGCUUACGGGUCGCUCAGUAUGGCUGCCGCUGCUGCCGCUCAGACCAGCAUCCAAGCUCAGGCACAGGUGGUGUCAUCGAUGGACGCAAUGAAGUACUCAAUGGAGGCAGCAGACAAGUACAGGCCCUACAUGCCCCCCACCUCACUCACCAUGCCCAUGUACUCUCCGGAUGCCAAAUACCUGGACACCCAGCCAAAGAACUACGGCUACCUGGACCCGGCAUUCACCAAGGCCUACUUUGAGAGCUCCAAGCUGUACAUGGAGUCGAGCAAAGCGUACGCGGCGGGAGGCGAUAGGUACUCGCCGCUGGACCUGGGGAAGCUGUACGCGGGAGACCAGGGCACAGCCAGGGCGACAUCUCAGUCUCCCGAGCAAGGCAUCAAGGUAGAGCCAUCAUCAGCCUCCUCACCGACUCCAUCCACGGCCCAGGCGUCCUCUCCCGGCGCGCCUCUUCCCUGCUACUACCAGAGUCCCUCCGGUCUGCUCCCUGCCGUCCAUCAUCAAGCCUAUCAGCAAUACCACCACCAGACCUCCCCGAGCCCCGUUUCGGCUCCCGUCGCCCCCGAGUUCCGGCGGCCUCUCACCGUCAUCUUCUGACCAGACAAGCAGGCCUAGCACCGCUCCUCCUGCACUAAUGACGACAGCGAUUCACUGCAAGACGAGUGAACAUUAGUGACAAUUGCAGUGUUGUGAUCUGAAUGUGCAAUAGCCGUCAAAGGCAUACUACAUACGACUCUUAACUAAAGUAACCGUGAUUAAUUCAAGUGAAAAAGUGCUGAUAUUCUCCAGUUACAGUUAGCACCCUCAACUACCGUGAUCGUUUCAACUGAAAAACGUGCUAAUAUUAUCAAACUCACUCUGAACUAUCGUAACCGUUUCAACUGAAAACGAAAUAAAACAAUUUACAACUAGCUACAUCGUUUUCCUCUGUAUAUUGAUACCUUACAACAUAUUGUACAGAGAAACAUAAAUUUAUGACACAGACUUUAUGAGGACUACUUUGAGAUUUUUUGUGUAAUCUAUCAAAUCAUUCAUUUUUUUAGAUGCAUGUGUAUAGAAAUCACCAACUUCAUUCAACAUUUUCAAAUCAUGAUAGAACUGAUGUACUGGGUAACAUGACAACCAUAUUGUUGUCUACUGUAUUAGAAUUGCGAAUUGUGGAGAACUAGUUACAUGCAGAAAAUCAUGAUUUCCAAACACAAAAAUUUUAUUCAAUGUUCUAAGUAAUUGACUAUCCACAUCUAGGUCUAUAUCAAACGUUUAUAACGGCUUUAACGUUAAUAAACGGUCUAUAUAUUCACGUUGAGGCUGUAAUUUUAUAAUUUUGACAAUUAAUUGUUUACAUUUGACAGGACGUUGCCUUCUCUAAGCGAUUUUUCAAUUAUCCAUAUCUAGGUCUAUAUCAAACGUUUAUAACGGCUUUAACGUUAAUAAACGGUCUAUAUAUUCACGUUGAGGCUUUAAUUUAUAAUUUUGACAAUUAAUUGUUUACAUUUGACAGGACGUUGCCUUCUCUAAGCGAUUUUUCAAUUGUAUUUACAAUUCCUAAGCUCUAUCAUUAGAAUAGCAUUCUUUUCUUUAUUAGAAAAUUAGUUCUUGUUUUGUGAUAUGUACCCAGUAAGCUGGAAUAGGAAAUCUUUUGGUCUGAACUAUUUGAUGAAAUUUCAAAAGAAGUCUCUACUUUUUUUAGAACUUCAAAUUGUCUGAACUGUAUCUCAUGGCAGACUUAGAAUGACUCCCAAUUUUUUCGAAAUAUCUACUCAGUAAUAAAUGCAUACAGAAUUUUUAUGUACUGCACUCGAAAUUCCCAUUUUUGAAUUCGAAUGAGAAUUUAUAUGUAUGAUACUUAAAAUCACUAUAAUCACUAUGUUGAGUAUAAUGGUUAUCUUACAAAUAAUUUUGAAAAUAAGAUUCCUGAAUCCCAUGAUACUGUACAUUUUGAAUAACGGUUAUUUCGAAUAAUAGCCACAAAUAGACGAUAGGGAGUAUUUUCUAAGUGUAAUAUAAUAUAUACUAUAUUAUUAGAUUAGAAUAUUAUCUAUGUAAGCUGGAUGUAUAUUAACUCGAUUCGUCUAAGAUUUUAUGAGAGGAUGGAAAAUGUACAUAAAUACUAGUGAUUAUAUUGGGUUGAUAACGAAUGAAAUGUGAUAAUUUGUUCUUAUAUUCCUCGUUGAUAAUGUCAUUGAUUUUCAUGAAUGGUGUAACAAAGACACAAACGGAUGGUUUUCCAUUGCAAUUGAAGAUGAAAAAUCUUCAAAACAUGUAAUAUCAUGUUCAUCCCAAAUUAAUGCAGAACUACUGUAAAGUCAGAGUUUAUGACUUAUUCACAUUAGAAUCGAUAUUAGGUAUUACUAAUUUCAUGACUGGUGUAACAAAAAACACAAAUGGAUAAAUUACCAAUGAUUUGUUCAUUGCUCUUGUAAUUUACUGAAGAUGAAAAAUCUUCCAAACAUGUAAUAUUAUGUUCAUCCCAAAUUAAUGCAGAACUACUGUAAAGUCAGAGUUUAUGACUUAUUCACACUAAAAUUGAUGUAUUACUGAAAAAUUUGUUUUGCUCUAGGAUGUACACAUUGAUAUUGGUCUUGGAAGCUGUUUUUCUCAACUGGGUCGUUACUUUUUCUGUACCUUUUCGAUAAUUCAAGUUACUGGAAUAUAAUAAAUAAAAAUAAUAUGAAAUUUAA